AUGGCGAGCGAUAUCAAACCAAUCCUAUAUUCGACGUCAUGGCUUUCUCUCCAAAUCGCCAAUGGAGACUCCACAAUAUAUGCACUCUCGACUGCAACCGGGCGAGCAGCAAUUGCAGUCGUGCGUAUAUCUGGUCCAGCGUGUGCCUCGAUAUACCAAAGCCUCUGCCCCAACACGCUGCUCCCAAAACCACGCUAUGCAGCUCUCCGCACUCUUUACGACCCCACCCAACCCCCCACCGCAAACACAAUCCUCGACGCCGGCGCCCUAGUCCUCUACUUCCCCGCUCCCCGAACCGCAACAGGCGAAGAUAUCCUCGAACUCCACAUCCACGGGGGGCCCGCAAUAACAAAAGCCGUGCUCUCAGCCAUCGCACAAACAAACACAACCGCGCAAGCCGUCCGGUACGCCGAACCAGGCGAGUUCACGCGACGCGCAUUCAUGAACGACCGCCUCAGCCUCCCGCAGAUUGAAGCGCUGGGCGACACACUCUCCGCAGACACCGAGCAGCAGCGGCGACUAGCAGUGCGCGGAUCAAGCGACGCCUUGCUGAAGCGUUACGAGGCCUGGCGGCAGGGCCUGCUGUAUGCGCGCGGCGAGCUGGAGGCGCUGAUUGAUUUCUCCGAAGACCAGCAUUUCGAUGAGUCGACUGAGGAGCUUGUCUCCUCUGUUGCGGGCCAGGUCCGCACAUUAGGUGUGCAGAUUGGGUUUCAUAUUGCUAAUGCGUCGCGUGGCGAGUUGCUGAGGAAUGGAAUUCGGGUUGCGCUGCUCGGGGCGCCAAAUGCGGGGAAGAGUUCGUUGCUUAAUCGGGUUGUUGGGAAGGAGGCGGCUAUCGUGAGUACUGAGCAGGGGACUACGCGAGAUAUUGUUGAUGUUGGUGUCGACCUUGGGGGGUGGUAUUGUAAGCUUGGGGACAUGGCGGGGAUUCGGGCUGAAAGAAGCUCUGGAGGGGAGGAGGUUGUUAUUGGGGCUGUUGAGAAAGAAGGUAUUCGUCGGGCUAGAGAGAGGGCUUUGGAAUCGGAUGUUGUGAUUGUGGUUGUUUCACUGGAAGCCACUGCCACUGGCGUCGGGCUGUUCGUUGAGCCGGAGGUUCUUGAUGCCGUCAAUGACUGCGUGGAGGCAGGCAAAUGCCUUGUUGUGGCAAUCAACAAAUGUGACAAGCUACACACUGCCCUGGAAAAUGGUGUACCGCAGUCGUUAUCUGAUACGAUCCAUGGCAUCUUCCCCUCUGUUUCGGCAGACCGCGUAUUCGCCAUCUCCUGCGAGGAAGCCCAGCGCGGAGCAUCAUCUCCUAACUCUACGACAGACCCGGGUAAUCUACAAGCCUUUCUACGUGGGUUGAUUAUGAUCUUCGAGCAAAUUGCCUCACCUCUGGGCGUGGAGGGAGAUGGGACUGGUCAAUAUGAUCUUUCGUAUUGGGAAGAUUCUCUAGGUGUCACGCAUCGUCAAAGCUCUAAUCUACAAAGAUGUCUCGAUCAUCUAGAUGAUUUCCUGUCCCAAACCUCUUCCGCUGAAUCCCCCGAUGACUCCUCGCGCGAGAAAGCACUCGGUCCUCUUGAUGCUCUUGCUGAAACCGAAGUUGAUAUUGUCACUGCUGCAGAACACCUGCGUUUUGCGGCAGAUAUGUUGGCCAAGAUCACAGGAAAAGGCGAGAGUGGAGAUGUCGAGGAUGUAUUGGGAGUUGUUUUUGAGAAGUUCUGUGUCGGCAAGUGA